GGUUGACACUUGACAUUGACAGUUUUACCACGACUCGGCGGACUCGGCUUUUGGCUUUGCCUUGGGGAAAAAUAACCGGCUUUAAUUUGUAUGUAAUUUGCAAAUUUACCAAUAAAGUCAACGAGAAAUUUAAUAAUAUAAAUCAAAAUGGCGGUUAACAGUGCCACGUCUUUCGCGAUUUCCUCAAUUCUCACGCUGCUGAUCUUCUCGGGGAUGCAGAUGUACAAGCCACUGCUCGUGAAGUCGCCGGUCACCAUUAUUUUCGGAGGCUACCUGGGCUCCGUCAUGUUCAUGUUCUUCGUCACUGCUAUUGGCAACCUGGAAGCAACCUUGUUUGGUAAGAGCUUCCAGCUGAAGCUGCCGGAGAUCCUGAUCUCCAUGGUGAUAUCCCUGGUGGCGGCCGGCAUGGUGCACCGGAUCUGCUUCACCACAUGUUUGAUAUUCUCGAUCGUGACCAUCUACUACAUGAACCGGUUGUCUCAGAAGGAGUAUGCCGCCACCGCCGCCGUCGCAGCGCCCGUCAAGGGUCGUCGGCACAAAUAACUCUAAUUCCAUACACAGAGACUUUACUUUAAAGGUAAACAACCAAAAUGGGCCUUUUUAUUAGAAUACAUUCUUAAAAUAGAUUUUAGAAUAAAAUAUAGGAACUGAUGUAAUACAAACUGAAGCAAUAACCAUUUAUUUUAGAUGUGGUUAAUUUCUUUAAUGUUAGGUUUAUUGUAUAAAGUCACCUCAAGAUUGUUUACCUUUUAAGCCAAGUUUAAAAAAAGGAAUAUAGAGCCCCUUACGCCUACUUUAUAAGUCUCAAAUUUUAUACCGUAUAAUAAAUUUAAUUCUUAAUUUUAA